AUGUUAAAUCGUCUAAUUAUAUUAGUAUUAUUCUUUUCUUCCGUAUGCUUGGUUACUUAUGGUGGUGAUGAAUUUGAAGAUUAUCGUUGUCGAUGUAUUUGUCCAUCAUUUACAGUUUUACAAGAUCCAUCAAUGAAUGAAACACAUCGUCGUGUUUAUAUAGAUGUUGUUGCACCGGAUAAUUGUACAUGCGAACGUGUUGUUUUUCAUACAAUAACAGCAUCAUCUAGUUUUCAACAACGUUUUUGCCCACGUUGUGUGUGUAAUUAUGAAGUACGUAAUACAACAACAAUGAAGGUUGUAGUAAUUAUAAUAAUGGUUGCUAUAUCAUUAUUAUUUAUUUAUAUGUCAUUUUUAUUAUGUCUUGAUCCGUUGAUGAAUCAAAAUAAAAAACCAACAACAGCAACUACGACAACAUCAAAUACCACACGACCACAAAGACAUUAUGAAAGACAAGUUAAUGAUGAACUUCAUCUAGAUAAUCCAACACAAGAAUGUAUAUUUAGUGAACCUGCUCCUGCAAGUGGUUUAACACGUAAUACAGAUCGUUCAUCUACGGUCUUAAAUUUAGUUACACAUGAACAAUCGAAAUGGAGAAAAAAUGUUCAACAACAACGACAAUCAGUUUAUAAUAAACAUGAAUUACUUAAUUAG